AUGCAUACUUGCCGACAAGACGAAUCGAGUUUUGACGAGAUCCAAACUCUUGCAACGGAUUUGAGGGAUGAGUUGGAGGAGUACGGGAACAAAAGAAAAGUCUUGUCCACUGUGCAUUCCUGCAGACAACCCCGAGAUAUAGUAGAGUGUCGAUUCGUAAGUCUGCCAGUUUGGUGUUUGUGCAGAGAUAUCGGAUCGCAAUCUCUCGAUGAGGUGGUCGAGCAAGUACCGCUUCUGCGUCAACACGUAUGUGAUUGUGAUCUCGAGGUAGCGCGUAAUGAGCUCGUUGGUGAGCAUAGACGCGUUGUUGUAGUAGAGGAUCUUGACAAAGAGGUGGAAGAUGGAUCCCGCCAUCUCUGUGUUGUGGCCUUUAAGCGCCUGCGCAAAAAACUCGGGCAACAUGGUCGACAGACGCUCCGUCAUGACGGUAAACAUCUUCUCCGUCUCGGUCGAUAUGUUGGACUCGAGGUGACGCAGUGCGUUCUCGAUCAUCUCGAUCAAUGGCUCGAUGAGCGAGUGUUCCCUAUUUACAAUCUGCAGCGCCACGUCAAAUGCGCAACCCAACAACUGCGGACUCGGCAGCAUAUACUUGAGCCACGAGCCCAACGAUUUGUACAGCAGCUUGAUCUCUUGGCUGUACUGUGCAUUUGGCUCGCACGAUGCCAACGUCGACAACAUGGUCAACAAAAACUUGGUCAGCUUGUCAAUGACGCCACCACGUAUGCCCUUGCUAAUGUCCUUGUACGAACACGAUAUCGACUCUGCGUUUAG